CCCUAGGCCCCCCGAGCCGAGUCCCCCAUUCCCCACUCCCAUCCCGUUGGACUGGUGGCUCGGAACCCACUUCCCCGACCCACUCUCUCCCUCGCUCCCCACGGUCGGAGUCGGAGUCGGAGGGCGACGACGGGCUGACGGCGUAUGUAAGGAACCCAGCUGAACCUACAACGCACUUGUUCUGGGAGAUCUCUUGCCUGCUGUGAGCGAGUGAGUUGUCCUGGAACAGCUGUCUGCUCACAAUGGGGACGCUAUCAAUGUCUGAUGCUAUCCCUGCCAAGAACUGGGAUGAUUCCCCUGUUAAGUUUGAGGCUAACGGUGGUGACGCGCUCCCCGUCCUUAAGGAGGAAGAGCGGCUAUUGGAGCCUGUGAAGGAUGAGCUGGCUGAUGGAAUCUUGGAUUCCUUACCAAUUGACCUGGAGGCCAAGAAUGGCGAUGCAUCGCUCAUCACUGAAGCGAUGAAAAAGGAGGAGGAGGAGCUUGAAGACACCCGGCUCAAGGCGGUGGAAGAAGAGGAAGCCAGGAAGAGGGAGGAGGCUGCAAGACUCGCUUUUGAUCCUGAGACACGGUAUAACAAGUUAGAUGAACUGCUGUCGCAGACACAACUCUAUUCGGAGUUUCUACUUGAGAACAUGGAUCGAAUUGCUGAAGAAAAUGUUGAGACUCAAGCUGAAGAGCCACAGGUAGAAGAGAAGAAGAAAGGGCGUGGCCGAAAGAGGAAAGCAAAGCCAGUGUACAAUGAUAAGAAGGCUAAGACAGCAGUGGCUGCCAUGCUUACAAGGUCUCGCGAAGAUCGUCUUGCGGAAGAUUGUACUCUCUCAGAAGAAGAAAGGUGGGAAAAAGAGCAGGCCAACCUUGUGCCAUUAUUGACCGGAGGAAAGUUGAAGUCAUACCAGAUAAAGGGUGUCAAGUGGCUUAUAUCAUUGUGGCAGAAUGGGCUGAAUGGAAUACUGGCUGAUCAAAUGGGCCUUGGGAAAACCAUUCAGACAAUUGGAUUUCUUGCUCAUCUGAAAGGGAAAGGCAUGCAUGGUCCAUACUUGAUAAUCGCUCCUCUAUCCACUCUCUCGAACUGGGUGAAUGAAAUCUCAAGGUUUACUCCAUCUCUUGCUAGUAUCAUAUAUCAUGGAGAUAAGGCGGCCCGGGCAGAGAUCCGAAGAAAAUUUAUGCCCAAAAAUGCUGGCCCUGAUUUUCCGAUAGUAGUGACUUCAUAUGAGAUGGCCAUGUAUGAUGCUAAAUUUCUUGCUGUCCAUAGGUGGAAGUAUGUUAUUGUGGAUGAGGGCCAUCGUCUGAAAAAUUCUAAGUGUCUAUUAUUGAGGGAGCUGAAGCGUAUACCAAUGGAUAAUAAGCUUCUUUUGACUGGAACACCCCUGCAGAAUAAUCUAGCGGAGCUGUGGUCACUACUGAACUUCAUUUUGCCUGAUAUAUUCUCGUCACAUCAAGAAUUUGAGUCAUGGUUUGAUUUUUCUGGGAAAGGAAAUGGAGAAAAAGAUGAAGAAACUGAUGAGAAUAAAAGGCUGCAUGUUGUUUCAAAGCUUCAUGCUAUUUUACGUCCAUUCCUUCUAAGGCGGAUGAAGGAGGAUGUGGAACAGCUGCUUCCACGGAAGAAAGAGAUAAUCAUUUAUGCCAACAUGACUGAACAUCAGAAGCAAAUCCAGCAUCACUUGGUUGAAAAAACAUUUGACAACUACUUGAAUGAGGAAUCGGAUAUUAUAUUGAAGAGACCUGGCAUUAAGGCAAGGUUGCAUAAUCUAAUGAUUCAGCUGAGGAAGAAUUGCAACCAUCCUGAUCUUUUGGAAGCUCAAGUUGAUUCAAUAGGUUUAUAUCCACCUGUUGAGAAGAUCCUGGAACAAUGUGGUAAAUUCCAACUUUUUGACAGGUUACUAAAUUACCUGAUUGAACAAAAGCACAAGGUUCUAGUAUUUUCGCAAUGGACAAAAGUGUUGGACAUUAUUGAGUAUUACCUUGAUUCAAAAGGCCAUGAUGUUUGCCGAAUUGAUGGUAGUGUAAAAUUGGAAGAAAGAAGGAGGCAGAUAGCAGAAUUCAAUGACUUGAAUAGCAGUAUGCGAAUCUUCCUCCUGAGCACAAGGGCUGGUGGACUUGGCAUCAACCUUACUUCUGCUGAUACCUGUAUCCUCUACGACAGUGACUGGAAUCCUCAGAUGGAUUUGCAGGCUAUGGAUCGAUGCCACCGGAUUGGCCAAACACGGCCAGUGCAUGUAUAUAGGCUGGCUACGUCACAUUCUGUUGAGGUGCGGUUUGAUGAUAUCAGUCAUCUUCAGAGUUCGAACUUGUUGCUUUGGUUAAAAUCAUGUAGUGGAUAUAUAUAUGUUUUACUCAUCAUCUCAUCAUUGCAGGGACGGAUCAUCAAGAAAGCUUUUGGGAAGUUGAAGCUAGAGCAUGUGGUGAUCGGCAAGGGACAGUUUGAACAAGAGAGAGCUAAGCCUAAUGUCUUAAAUGAGGGUGAACUGCUGGCGCUUCUCAAGGACGAGCAGGACGAGGAAGACAGGAUGAUCCAGACCGACAUCAGCGACGAGGACCUACUGAAGCUGAUGGACCGGAGCGACCUCUUGGGCCCACCCGGCGGCACUAACGCUACUCCACUUGUGCCGCUGAAAGGCCCAGGCUGGGAGGUGGUGGUGCCGACCAAGAGUGGUGGUGGCAUGCUCUCCGCGCUCACCAGCUGAAUCGUUGCUACCGGGAUGUGUUUUGGUUGGUUGCCCUUUUGCUCGCCGCGCAAGCACCUUCUGGGCGAUGAUGUUUUGGAUGUAAUGGAGUGUGGUUGUUGAACUGAGCGUUGCCCCUGCAGAAGUAAGUAGUUUAGGAUUAUUAGGAGUUUAGGACUUUAGGCCAUGUAAAGUAGUCCGUGGUAAGCUGUAAGCCUGUUGUGUGAGUUGUGACUUGAACCUCAUGCUGCAUUUCGGUUUGCUGCUUCGUUGAGCAGCUUCUGCAGCUGUCGUGGACCAUGCAGCACGAUGCUGGGUGCUUUUGCUGGGCACGUUGUAGUGUAUAAUAUUGACUAUGACAUCUUCUGUUUCGACUCUCUGUAACUGUAAUGCAGCAGAGUACUCCGGUGGUGUUUGCUGGGUGCAGGCACGGUA